AUGGUUCAGUCCGCGAUCUUGGGUUUCCCCCGCAUGGGUGUGAACCGUGACCUGAAGAAGGCAACCGAAGCCUACUGGGCUGGCAACCUGUCCCAAGAGGACCUUCUCACAGAAGCCAAGCGCCUCCGUCUUGCCCACUGGAACAUUCAGAAAGAUGCCGGUGUCGACAUCAUCCCAAGCAAUGACUUCGCCCUGUACGAUCAAGUUCUAAGUCACAUCCAGGACUUCGGUGCGGCACCCGAGCGCUACACAAACUCGAACCUCAACCCCGUCGACGAAUACUUUGCCAUGGGCCGUGGCCACCAGAAGGGUGGUGUUGAUGUGUCCAGUCUGGAGAUGGUGAAAUGGUUUGACUCCAACUACCACUACGUCAAGCCCACCUUGCAGGACAAUCAAACCUUCAAGCUCUCUGCCAGUCCCAAAGCUGUCGUUGAGUUCAAGGAGGCCAAGGAGGCUGGCAUAAACACCCGGCCUGUCCUCGUCGGCCCUGUCUCCUUCCUUCACUUGGGUAAGGCGGACCGUGGCCAGAGUGUUGACCCCAUCGAUCUCCUCGAGAAGCUCCUGCCUGUCUACGAGCAACUGCUGGUCCAGCUGAAGCAAGCUGGUGCUGAGACUGUCCAGAUUGAUGAGCCAGUUCUGGUGUUCGAUCUGCCCAGCAAGACCAAGGCCGCUUUCAAGCCCACUUACGAAAAGUUUGCCGGCUUGGGUGACAAGAUUCCCAAGCUCGUCUUCACCACCUAUUUCGGUGAUAUCGUCCACAACAUUGACCUUGUCCCCAAGGACAUCUACGCUGUUCACAUUGACCUUGUCCGUAACCCGGAACAAUUGGAGACUGUUGCUGGCGCCCUUGGCCCUAAGACCAUUCUGUCAGCCGGUAUUGUGGACGGCCGUAACAUCUGGAAGACCAAUUUGAAGCGUGCCAUCGAAAUUGCUGAGACUGCCAUCCAGAAACUUGGCAAGGAUCGUGUCAUUGUUGCCACCUCCAGCUCCCUCCUUCACACUCCUCACACUUUGGCCAGUGAGAAGAAGCUGGACCCCGAGAUUGCUGAUUGGUUCUCUUUCGCCUCUGAGAAGGCUGGCGAGAUCGCCAUCAUUGCGAAGGCCGUCACCGAGGGCCCUGUCGCUGUUCGGGAAGCUCUUGAGGCCAACGCUAAGUCUAUGAACGCUCGUGCAACUUCGAAGCGAACCAAUGACCCCAAGGUCAAGGACCGCCAAUCCAAGAUUGCUGAGUCUGACUACAACCGCAAGUCCGAGUUUUCUACCCGAAUCUCACAACAGCAGAAAAAGCUAAAUCUCCCCCUCUUCCCUACCACCACUAUUGGCUCCUUCCCCCAGACCAAAGAAAUCCGUGUUCAACGCAAUAAGUUCACCAAAGGAGAGAUCACCGAGGCUCAGUAUGACAAGUUCAUUGAGCAAGAAAUCGACAUGAACGUCAAGAUUCAGGAUGAGCUUGACUUGGAUGUCUACGUCCACGGUGAGCCUGAGCGCAACGACAUGGUCCAGUACUUUGGCGAGCGUCUAAACGGCUAUGCCUUCACCACUCACGCGUGGGUACAGAGCUACGGUUCUCGAUGUGUCCGACCCCCUAUCGUCGUCGGUGACAUCUCCCGUCCCGCUCCCAUGACCGUUAAGGAGUCCAAGUAUGCCGUCUCGGUCUCCAAGAAGCCCAUGAAGGGUAUGUUGACUGGUCCCAUCACUUGCCUGCGAUGGUCUUUCCCUCGUGACGACGUUCACCAGUCGGUCCAGGCCGAGCAGCUUGCUCUGGCUCUCCGUGACGAGGUCAUCGAUCUCGAGAAGGCCGGCGUCGAUGUUAUUCAGGUUGACGAGCCCGCCCUCCGUGAGGGUCUUCCCCUGCGAAGUGGAAAGGAGCGUGAGGCUUAUCUUGACUGGGCCGUCAAGGCUUUCCGCCUUGCCACCGUCGGCGUUGAGGACUCCACUCAGAUCCACUCACACUUCUGCUACUCGGAGUUCCAAGACUUUUUCCACGCCAUUGCUGCGCUUGACGCUGAUGUGCUGUCAAUUGAGAACAGCAAGUCGGACGCCAAGCUGCUGAGCGUCUUCGUCGACUCAGCCUAUCCUCGGCACAUUGGCCCUGGCGUCUACGAUAUUCACUCGCCUCGUAUCCCGAGCGAGCAGGAGAUCAAGGACCGCAUUGAGGAGAUGCUGCAGUACCUCAAGCCCGAACAGUUGUGGAUAGACCCUGACUGCGGUCUCAAGACUCGCCAGUGGAAGGAGACUAAGGAGGCGUUGAUCAACAUGGUCAAUGCUGCUAAGUUCUAUCGCGCCAAAUACGCCAAAUAA